GUGUGCUCUGUGGUGUGGUGACAGGUGAUGUUUAUUGAGAGGUUAUGUUUGUAUAUACGGUUAUUUUUAUUUUUAUGUAUGUUAUUUUUCUGCAAAGUGUAAAAUAAUAUAAUUUCUUUAAAAAACUUGUUUGGGAAAUAUGCAAAAAUCAAGAAUAGUAGAUAUUAUUUCUUGUGAUAAUCUAGUGACUUGUGUAAAAUGUGAUAAGCCUAGUUAUGAUGGGUACGAAGUUGGAAAUCUAAUAAAAAACAAUGCCACUAAAAAGAAUAACGGAUUUUUAGCCGAACAGUUUGUAAGGCCUCCUAUUUUUAUUACAUUUGAUUUUAAUUGUAACCUACGAAUUCAUCAUAUUGCAAUAUUUUGCAAGGUUGGAGCUCAAAAAACUUCAGGUAUUGAAUUGUUGUCAAGCUCAAAUAAAGGUGAAUAUGAAACAAUAGGAUCUGGAGUUUUGUCAGAUAGCAAGGAUGGUUUUGUUUUUCACAGGCAUGAUGCAAAUAUAAUAGGCCUAAAUAAUUUUGGAGAAAAGUAUUUGUAUCGUACAUUUAAAUCAACAAGACAUUUGUCUGUUUCCCAAAGUGUAAAAAUAAAAAUUUUCCGAACUAGUGGGACAUCUGUACCUGCUCUUGGUAAAGUUGAAAUAUGGGGUAUACCAAAUAAACCUAUACCAAUAAACUCUAACGAAGUUUUGGCUAAAAAUGAAACAAGCUCUGGAUCCAACACACAAAACCUUCUUAAUAAAGACAAUUCAAUUCCUCAUACUUCUUUAUCUGUUAAUUCGAAACCAAGCUGGUUCAGAGACAUUAAUAAAUCAUUACGGGCACAACGGACAUCAAACAAUUCAAUAUCAGGAUCAUACAUUAGUUCUCAACCUAUAUCUAUUCCUGAAGACUUUGUAGAUCCCAUAACAUGUGAAAUCAUGCCCCAACCUCUGAUUAUGCCUAGUGGGAAAAUAAUUGACAAUUCAACUUUAGAAACAUAUCAAAAAGCUGAAGAAAGAUGGGGUAGAGGACCCAAUGAUCCCUUCACUGGUGUGCCUUUUAAUGAAUUUAGAAAACCAAUAGUAGCAUCAGAUUUAAAAGCCAGAAUAGAUAAAUUUUUAUCAGAUAAUAGCAAUCACAUAGAAUUACAUAAUAUUCCUAGAACAGUUGGAAGAAAUUCCUCAUUAAUAUCUAAUCACAAGGUGCGAGCCAAUGUGAGUAAGCUAAUCGGUGGACAAUCCUCGUAUGAUCCUAUUAAUUAUACUCAAGCUGAUAACCUUUGUGAGAACAAAUCUGAACCCAAACGUAGAAAACUGGAGAUUGAUUUGUGUACUCAAUCACUGAAAGAAGACGGCACACACACUGUCUCAGGUAUAGAUCCUUCACCCGGAAAAGUGCAACCGAUCUCUGUUAAAAAUAAAAUAACUGAUAAACCAAAGAAAGUAAAUAAUUAUCAAGAAAGAAUGGAUCAAAGUCUAGAAUUAGCUUUAAAAUCAACUCUUUCAAGACUUCCAAAACUAACUGCAGACAAACGAAACCCAGAAAAAAACAAAAUUGUAAUGUGCUACAACUGUAAUAAUUGUGAUAAUCUCUUCAGCAUACCAUGCAGUCACUUUGUAUGCAGACACUGUUUGAUUAGCCUCAAACAACAGGAAUUUAUUUGUUCAAAAUGCUGCUUAACCUUUAAAUCAAGUGAUGUGCAAAAAGUACACUUAUAGUACGUUUUACAAUUUUGUAUUAAAUGACUGGCCAAGUGAAGUGUAGUUUAAAGUGUAUUUUUAGGUGAAAAGUGCAUUUAUGAUUUUAACGUUAUCAGUGUAAUGUUGAAACCAUUACAAGCUAUAAUUUUUCUAUAUAACUUGCAACCCUAUAUAUUUUUGAGAAAUGAGUCUGAUAUAACAUUAAUGUCUAAUUUAAGUGACAAUCUUAAUGUUUAUUACUAUUAAAAGUAUAACACUUUGUCAUUUUCCUUACCCUUGGUGUUGAAAAAGAUUAGUUUACAAAUUUAUAA